GCCCGGGAUGGGUUACAGAUCUUUUCAGUUGGUCCGCCGUCACCGCUGAAGCCUGAAGUGUUGUCAGCCUCACCCAAAUUUCUAGGCACUAAAGUGUUAAUAAUUAGAGAACUUCAGAACCACAGGAGUUUCAUUUGAGACUCAUUGGAACAUGGAGGAACUUGUCACCUGAUAAAAAGGACAUGAUCGUACCGGUAUCUGUAAUUGAGAUGAAGGUCUAUUUAGGGAUUUUUUAACUUGAUGGAGAAGCUUAUACUAGAGGUUUCGAUGCUCGAAAUUGCUGCCAACAGUGGGAUAUCCUGAUAGGCCAUGAACAACCAGUGAUAAAUUUGUGGAACUCAGGACAGCGGAAUGAGCUCCUGAUGAAUGCCAUGUUCCGAGAGACUGUGAGGAAAGCAGUGUGGGAUGGAUUUAUGCUCCAAACAGUGCCGUUGUGGAGUGAUGGAAUACACUACAUGAAUGACUGUGAUUGAUAUGGAUGUUUAGUACUGAGGCCAGUCUGAAGUAAACUUUCAAUAGUACAUGGACAUUCCCAAGUUGCAUAUUUUGUCAUCGUCAACCUCAGUUGUGCAUCAUUUCACUCCUGCUUGGGUUACAGGUAGCUCAAUACAGCUCUUGUUUCUGGCAAAAGAUGUGGCCAUUGUGUCGUUUUUGUUUCUUCUGACAAAAAAAAAGGGACUGCAUUGAACUUUGUCUUAAAUUCUGAAUGGCACAGCUUCAGCUAAGAUGUAAUCACCCAGAACUUCAUCAGUUAUCAGCUUGAACUCAACUUGAAACCACUCCAAAAUUCAACGCUCUCAUCUACAUGUACACGUAUCUCUGGUGAGAUACAUUUACAUGUGUAUAUGUGUUAACCAUGAGGCUGUACCGGUACAUGUAUGUACUUUUCUGGGCGCUUUAUCUCAACAACCUUGGCUCAUCUCCCCUCGCAGUGAAGAUUUCACCAUCUGUGUCUGCCCGGUGACUCAGGCCUGCCCGACCAUCCAGAAUGCAGGCCACACAGGUUGAGAGCAGGCUUCCAGCCGCUGGACACCGUCAAUCCCUUCUGAAAUCUCCGAAGCCCGUUCCCAGCAAACUCAAGUCACCGGAACUUAAACCUCUCCGUGUCUCACCCACAUCCGCGGGCUCUGGAAUCCCUCAGAGGUCGGGCGUCUUACAGAGCAAGCAUCUCCUGAUUGGACAGCGAGUCUGGACAGCAGACGGGCGAGUGGGAACGCUAGAGUUCAAGGGGAAGACCCACUUCUCCCAGGGGUGCCUGUGUGGGAUCCGGUUGGAUGAACCCCUCGGCAAGCACGACGGCAGUGUGGAUGGGAUCCAGUAUUUCAAGUGCAGCCCCAGCCAUGGGAUAUUCAUCCACGCCUUCAAAGUGCAGGCUGUGAACUCAGCCGGUGAAGUGAAACCAUUAGAGCUGGCGCCAAACACGAGCGGAAAGCUUAGACCUUCAUCACAGCCAGGAAGUGGGAAGGAAUCAAAACCUUCCAGUAAGAUACCAGCUCUCGGAGUCAGCGGGAAAAUUGCCAGACCCAAAUCUUUACUUGUGACUGAGGACAAGGCUCCAUGCAAGGUAACUGUGGGCAGAAAGAGCUUGCCCACAAGGUCUGAAGUAACGAGAAUUGAGUGUUUUUCUUCAGAGAAGGCACCAAACAGCAGCAAACUGUUUCAGAAAAAGAGAAUCAGCCCCGCGGACUCUGGCAUCACUGUCCCGGGCUGGACUCAUGACAAGACACUGCCGACCAGUAGACUGCCAUCCAUCCAAUCGAAAUCCCCCUCCGUAAAAUCCCAUGAUGCUACCUUUACGCUAGUUCGUGAGCAUAGCCCUGCAAGCCGGCCGCAGCCAACAGAGAGAAGCCCUGCAUCACAGAAGAGAACCCCUGAACAAUCUAGUCCUAGAGUCAAGAAGUCACCUUGCGGAAGCCUUAAAAAGGGACUAUCCUCGCGACCAAGUCUCAAUGACCUGACACAGCUGUUGCAAGAUGACACCAAUGCAGAUGGCGAGGAAUUGAAAUUGCGAAGAGAAAGUGGAUCCAGACCCAAAACCAACCUCAACGAAACUUUUGAAGUUCGGGCUGGGCCACACAGAGUCUCCCCGAUAACAGGGAAGAAGAAAAGUCGCAAAGACACUGCGUCGUCUGCUACCAAAGACCUCAACUUAACUUUUGACGUAGAGAAGAAGGCGUCCCCACUAUCUUGGGAGCCUGGUAAUAAAGUCACAUCCACACCAGUAUCAUCAAGUGAAAAUACCUACUUCUGGGAAUCAGAUGGGAUUCCACAAUCUGACGUCAGAAGCACUUAUGAUCAUUUAGACACAGAGGAGGACGAUAUUGAGUACAAUGAAUUCUGGGCUGUGCCAUCAACGCUAGACACACCCACAGGCAGACUGAGGUUUGAUCUGCUGACUCCAGAGGAGUUCGAACAGGCCUUGAAAGACUGUAACAUUCCCCUGGAGAGUCCUCAAAACAAAGUGCCCCCAACCUUUGAGGAAACAUUUACAGAGCCACAACUCACUGAGCCACAACUCACGGACCACUGUAAACCGAAAAUCUUGGAUGCUCUGACAGUUGUCGAUGAUGAUCUAUUAGUUGCCUCUGACUCGACAUCUGAAAGUAUUCCUUCUUUCUUAGUGCCGGCCUGGAGCAUGGAUUCAGAAGCAACAAAUCUAGACACAAGCCUAUCGGAGCAUAAAGACUCAGAAGACUUCAGUGAAAUAGAACAACAGGAGGUCAGCGAACCUCAAGUCCCAACAAUCAGCAGAGAUUUAGAGGCGGGCAAAGUGACUACAGAUAACAGAAAUGACCUAGCAAACAACAAUAUAGAAGUAGACCCAACAUUGAAUAACGCAGAAUCCACUCAAAUAGCAGGUAGUAGAACUAGAAACAACAGUGCAAUGAAUGAGUUUAUUGACAAAGUUAGUCCCAGUGUGCCCCUUGAAAAAUCUCUGUCUACAAGUGAAAGAAUGGCAGAUUCUACAAGCGAUAAGAUUCCCCGGGUUGAAAACACCUUACUCAGUGAAGAUGACCAGUGCAUAUUCACCGAUGAUUUAAGUAACGAGUGGAAAAAUCUUGUGCAACAGGCAGAGGAGGAUUUGGGUGUACAAGAAGUGCCGCAGACCUCUAAUCUGGCUGAGGUUAAGAGAGAUGCUGUCUCCAGUAGUAAUGGGCCUUCAGCUGAAGUACCCACAGUUGAAGCAACUGACUUACUUUCACCAAAUGCUUCAUGUCACACAGCAUCCCCCAGCCAAGAAACAUUUGUGAAGGUCAGUGUACGUGAAGGUGCAGUGUCACAGAUCAAUCCAAGUUCAGGCAAUGGAGAACCAGGUUCCGCCAAAGCAGUUAGCCCAGCAAUAACUCUGAACAUUCUGAAUGCAACAUUUGACAGUGGUGUCAGCCCUGAAAAGGAGAAAAGUUUUGCAUCCGAGGGGAGCAGCGAAAGUGCCAGUACUGUCAUUGGUGAUGGGGCAUCUGAAAAUGAUCACGUUCAGAACAAGCCAAAGGGAAUGAGAGAAAGGUGUCCGUCUGCCGAGCUUGAGACUGUUACACAGUUUGAAAUGGCUGAGAUGACCUCGCCAUCCUACAGCAAAAAGAGAUUUGAACCGGAGACAUUCAAUGCGGGACAUUCCCAACAGCCUGCAAAGGUUACAGGUACGCAAAAAGAACCCCAGAGAGGGAAAGAAAACAGUGACCACUCCAAGUUACCUAGGAAACGAACGUCGUACCUCCAGCAACCAAAGUCUUUUAGCUCGAACAGAGACAGCGAGUCAUCCAGCAAGAGUCAAGUUGCUGCUGCCAAGCUGAAGCUCGCUGCCGCAAAACCAACUGACUCCAAACCAGAUGCACCGACCCAAGAUAGCAAACCCAGGAAAGGCCACACCGCUGCCCCUUGGAAACUGAUCAGCAAGAAUCCCACCGCUACCACCAGCAAGUCUCCCAGCAACACCACAAGCACCAUUCCAAAGCAGAAGGCAACAGAGACUGGGUCUAGCAAAGAUGCGAAGACCAGCAACAAGCUACAUGUAGGAGGGGUCAGGAGUAAAAUUGACACGGGGAGAAAGUCAGUGGACCUGACAGGCAACAAGCCUACCUUAACCAACAAGAAGUCUAACGGUCAGAACAGUACCUCCUCUUUGGAGGUUGAACCCAACAGUCUGUCAUCCUCCAACAGGAGCAUGAAAUCUGAUCUCAGUGGUGUUGGCACAAGAACCAGCAGUAGGAGCAGCUCAAUUGGGGGCAAGCCAGCCAAUAAAACAACCUUGUCCCUGCGUCACACGGACCGAGCGCGCCAAGAGCGCAAAACCAGCACGUCCACAGUCAACUCGGAGGUUUCACAGCGGACAGAGUCCAGAGCCUCCUUGUCUUCAAGACUCAGCUCCUCCACGUCAGACGCUAAGCAUCACGCAAAGCGCCCUCGCCCUACUCCCCGGAAAGAGCAGUCGCUGUAUACCCCCAAACCCCAAGCAUUCAGCUUCUCCAAACCCAGUAGGCCAGCUCCAGUGUCACUGGCCAAGCCCAGGAGCAGUGCUGGCAAACAGACUGACGGGAACCAGUCCAAGAAUGACUCACAGCUUGCCGACACCCAGCCAAAUGGCCUUACAGCUGUAGAUGCUGCCCCAGUGCGACGCCCAGGCCCUACAACCAGGCUGCCUAGGACCUCCCUGCUACCAAGCAAGAAAGGGGACAGUGCACAGCAUAAGGACUCUGCAAGGAGGCCCUCUGUUGGCAAAGAAGCUGAGACUACCAAAUCCACCAAGGGCCGGUCCAGUCCCUCCCCGGCCCCCUCAGUGGACCCAGAGAUCCUGGCCAAGGCCCAGGCCGACGUCAAGCGUCUGGAGGCCCUCUGCGAGUCGCGCACCAAGGAGCUGAACCUAGUCAAGCUGAGUCUGAGAAACGGGCUGCAGGGAUUGGAGGCAAUGACCAUAUUAGUACAAUACCUCACCCAGACGUUGGAUGCCUUUGACAACCCGCACCUCAAAUGUAGAAUACAAGAACUUCAGCAACAACUUGAAGAGGCAAAGAACCUCACAGCCCAAAAAGAGGAGGAGCUAGGUUGUAUCCAGCGGGAGUUGGUAGAUACGAGGAGAUGUAAUGAAGAACAAGUAGCCAAGCUACAAACACAACACCUUGAGCAACUCAAAGAGCAAGAGGAAAGAUUGAACAGCCAACAUGAAGAACAACUCCAAACAACACAAAGUGAGCACAAACAAGCCAUGAACUCGCUGAAAGAGGAGAAUGUAAAGCAGAUCUCGGAGUUGACUUCCUCUCACCACCAAGCCGUACAGGAGAUGGAGGAGCAUCACAUUGAGGAGGUGUCCAAGAUCCAACAGCAGCACCAAGAGCACAUUGAAGAGCUGAACUGGCAGGUGGAGAAAGAGAAGAAACAGAUGACGGAUCAGGCGCAGGUCAAGCAGCAGGAACUCAAUGAUGAGAUUUAUAAGUGGACAUUCCAGUGUGAAAAUCUUAAAGAGCGAGUCACAAGAUUAGAGGAAGCCUUGCAGAAAGAUUCUGAUUCCAAAGUGCAGGCGGCUAUCUUGGAAAAGAGGAAGUUGGAAGCGGAUGUGGAGAGCUUGAAAUCUGUAGAGGAACUCAGGACCAAUCAACUGAUUGAACUCAGGCGGGAAAAUAUGGCUCUCAAGAAGGACUUGGAGCAGCUACCAGCCAAAGAGGAUGAGAUCCAGCGUCUCAAGGCCAAAGUAGAGGAUCAGAAAGCAAUGAUUGCCAAGACACACGACUAUCAACAACAACUAUCGUCAGACCACAUCACUUUGAGGGAGAACUACGAGCGGGAGGUGAAUGAGAAGAAACGCCUGUCCAUGGAGAAGGAGCAGCUGUCCUGGCGUCUGUCCUUGCACUCUGAGAGCUCCUCUCCCGUCUCUCUAUCCCCCGGGCACACCUUCUUCCCUUGCACCUCCCCGUCGCGUUCCCCUACUCGCUCCCCGAACCCCUCCCCCUCUGUCUUGAAGCAGAACCUGUCCCGGUCCAGCUCGAUGGAAAGUCAUGAGAGCGGGGUGUUCUCCCCACAAAACGGGUAAUGUCAAUAGUUACACCGUGCUGGAUGAAAUUACCACGCAUAAACCCAGGCACCCACUCCCUACAGUCAGAGACGGCAGCAACAUUCACUCUGCCUUGCCAUUAGCAAAGUCUUCUCAAGACGCUGGGUAAUGGUAUGGCUCCAUGUCUGGCUAGAGGCAGGAGCCAUUGUAUCUUCGUCUCCAACGUGCACCAUCCCCUUUUUUUCCCCCUCUUAGCAUAAAUCCCUUGUUGGACCAGUUGGCUGCAGCUGUGGAUAGGCACAAUUAUGUAUGCAUUCUUCAAAGCCUAAGCCACAGCCCAGAGCUGAUCUAGCACAUUCUUAAAAGGGUCGUGAGCAGGUGCAUAUUGUAAAUUUGCAGUCAGCACUUGCAUUACAUUGUAAGCUUGAGGGUACAUGAUAAAGAUGGAAUCAGUGAGUGAUAAACUGGCACCACUGUAUGUAAUUUGGUUUCAUUUGUCCAGAAGGGUAUACUGGAGGUAAUGGGACCUGUGUUGAGAUUUAGAGCAGUCCCUUCAAACAUAACAGGAGAACCCUACUAGACUACCUGCAGCUUUGGCACUGAUACCAUUAUGGGGCAAACUUUACUGAUCUGUUCAGCAUAGACAUUGGCUAGAAAUGUCUGCUGAGCAAAAGCAGGUCGCUUGCCAAAAUGCCACGCAGUUUUUGUUGCAUGUGGCUGGCUCUCAGCUGGUUCUGCUCAGCCCAUAGCAAUUUUGUCUGUUUAGGAGGUCCGUUGGAUUGGAUGCUAGAAAUGAAUUUCCCCUUCAGUGAAAACUUCAGUCUGUGAAGCAAGUGUUUGUAAAUGCCCCGACUAGAUUUUUUAAAUUUCCGAUCAGAUCAUGCCCCAAAGCUUGGUCUUUGCGUGAAAGUGCCAAAUGAAACUUACUUGACGUUAUAACAUAUUUGCGAUUCACAUUUGGCAGUGGUGAAACCUGUUGGACAUAUUUACAGAUGUGAAUAAAUAUUUUUAAUUUAAGUCACAUGUUCACCUCACCUUCACGUUUGCAUACAGUUUGAACCAGAAUUUUGUCACAGGUAAAACAGAAAUGCUUAGUUUGGUAUACUGAACAUUUAUUCAGUGUCAGAAAUUGAUACCUUUUUCAAGUGUAAAUUAUGUCAUUGAAAAUCGACUGCAGGUGUCCCUGUCGGUUCACUUAAUUCUCAUACUUGUUCGAAGUGUACAUGUUCGGAUGUUUUCUAACCUUGUGUGUAAGAAUGGAAUCAGAGAAAGAAUUGCUUUUUGUGUACAUGAAUAAUUGCUGCUAACAUUCCAUUUUCAAUUUCCGCUAGAACUGAACUCAAUUUUCAGAAGGAGGCAUAUAAGUAUGUUGCCAACUCUUUCUCCAUCAACUUAUCCACAAGUUCCAAAUAAUCUGUCGGCAUUAGGUGCACUGUGUGGAAAAUGAUUCUAAAAUUUCAAAUUCAUUGCAGACAAUGUCACGGAAUCGUAGAAUUCAGGAAUUGUUUUUUCACAAACUGUCAAAUUUGGAAGAAGCCUUGCAUUUUUUAGUCGUGUGCGGGGAAGUAAACGCAAGCAAAGGGCUAACUUGGGAAAUGUCUGUAAGACUUUGUCAGGAUGUAUUAUAUUGCGGUGUUGUAAAUUUAUGUGGAUCGUAAGAUUAGUGUCGUGCCGCUCUUGCAUUGACAAAGUACAUAGACUGUGAAAGUUUUUAAUGGUUUGUGAAGGGAAAGAUAAAUUCAUGUAUGUGUUAUCCACACCAUGCCAUUAUGCAGUGUGUUUGCCUGAAAGUUGCAAGAAAAGGUGAACAAUUUGUCAAAAAGCUAAGACAAUGAAAAUGUUAGCGUUUAAUGAACAAAAUAAUAAUUAAACUCCUGGUGAGUAACUGCGCAAAGUUGAUUGCCGAGAGCUAUUCAAAUCGAAUUGGAUAAUUAGCCCAAAAUGGAAAUAGCAUGGACUCCUGUUUUUGUUUGCUUGGAAAGCAAGAAUUUUAAGCCAUUGCACUUAUGUUAAGGAGCAUUGCAUUGUUGGCAUGCCUUGCACCAAAGUCAAAAGGAAGACAAAAAAAUGCUGUAAAAAUACAUCCAUGUUGUUUGCUUUAUCAGAGAAAUAUUUUUUUCUGCUUCUAUUCAAAAUUGGACAUAACUCAUCGGACGGAUAUUCUUGUAGAAAAAAGGUCGAAAUUGUGUAUGUUUGUGUGUUGUUAGACUGUGUGUGACAUCUAUGAUACCAGUAAACCUUGUAUUUAUAAGUGAUGGAAAUGUGGAAGCUAGUCGGGUCUAUCUUGAAUUGGGCUUCAAGAAAUAUUAUUUUGUAAAUAUUUAUAUAUCAUAUUUAAUGUGGCUAAUCAGAGAAUAAAGAUGUAUUUAUCUGCUGACAUAAAUGUGGCUAAAUAAUUUAAGAUGACCUUUAUCUAACUAAAUGUAUUGAAAACAAAAGUAAGCCAAUGUUGAUAUUUUUCUUUAGCUCCAGGAGUAGUCCAAUUACCAUGCGACUUUUUGUAUCUAUAGUUUAAAAGCUUUAAAAUGCCUAAACAGUUCUUGAACUAAGAUUUCCCAGUCCAGAAACUUGGACUUCGUGGCCCCGUUGCCCCAAAUCAAGCUGAAGGAAGUAAAUUUGGUUUUAGACACCAAACUGUAUGGUGUAGAAAUCUUGGAAUCAGAUUGGUACUUCUCCCAGGUAAAAUGACACUUUUCGGGGUUUUGACCCAGAAGAGUGUUCUUUUCGAUUAAGAAAAGGACUUGAAGCAAAACUGGAUUCACAUUUUCGCUCUGUCAGAUUCAGGGGAUUGUAUCGGUUACGGGUUACCCCAUGAAAGAAAGCUUUUCGGGACGGUUAGAGUUAUCCAUUUACAUUGGUUGUGUCCUGUAAUUUCACCGCUGUUAGCUUGAAUUUAUAGGUUUGUAGAUUCGCAGUGGGCUUUACAUGUAUUUUCCGCAUAUCUUCUGCUGUCAACUGCUUUUCACGCCGGACCUCAAAAAUAUACUUUUAACGGAUCAAUGUCAUCUUCUCUGCGAGGAGUAUCCAUGUUACAUCAUGGGAAUGUACUGCUCAGAACUAAAAUAUGUGGCAGGGUUUUCUCUGUCAGUUGUGAGCUCUCCGCUGAUGUUUUCAUGAAUUGACCGUUUUUGAGAAGUCAUGGUGUAUAAGUGUAACUGGACUUCUUUUGUAAGUUAAAUUUUCAAAUGACCCGGCUUCAUUCAGAGAACAGUUGGGGCUGGAGAAAGAAGUGUUUUUUUUACCAGCCUUUCUUCUCAGAAUGGGAAGUUAGGAAAAUGUGUAAUUGUCAACAUAUACUUUCAAGGUACAUCGUAUACUGUAGGGCGUUGUCGACAUUGAAAAAGAGGUAUUUCAAACAUUUCACUUUUUCAGGAUGAAACAAGGUCGAAAAUCACUUUCCUUUUGGUUUUUGUUCUCUUUGUCUUGCAGAUUUAGCAAGCUACAAUUAAAAUCAUACCAUUUACACAGAGUAUAAAAACUUGUGUUCUGUAAGUGCAGAGGCUGUUCAAGUAAUAUAAAUGUAUAAACAGGUUUUGGUUUACAUUUUACUUUUGUGUGCCUUGAACUCAACCUCAGAAUAUUAUGCAUCAGAAAAGGUGAUGCUUUUUUGUACAACAUAUUCUUGUUAAAUAGUUUAUUCGAGUUCCCUUCCAAUGUUAUUAUUAUUGUAUGAUUUGGGUAUCUAAACAUGUUCGGUGGCAAAGUUUUCAAGUGUAGCUUUUCUAUGGUGCUGUUAACUGAUUUUCACAAAUAAGUGAUCAUUUAAAAGUUAUUCAGUGAUAAUUGAAAUUUAAAGUUUAAGUUGACUUCAAAUUCGACAGCUGUUGCAGUAGUUUGUUACUUUUGACGACGUCUAAUGAUUUAUUUAUUUUAGGAGUACUUUUUUUUGUAACUGAUACUCCUCUGUGGAAGAUUUUCCCAUGUAGAGGUGUACUUUGUUUUAAAUAAAGCAAAAAGCCCAACAAUCCGAGGCAAACUUUUGUGAUUGUUUCGGUAUCCAAAAGCGAGUGCAGCCCUUAAUGUUAAAAUGGGAAGUUAACAAGUUGAUUACAAUUAGACAUGCAGUGCAUGCUGCUUUCCACCGGAAAAUAGGUGCCAUUUUUUCCAUCAAACAAUAUGAUUAAAUCUUUUCAUAUAAGUGGAAUUGUGGUUCAGCAUGAGAGAUAUCACGCACUUUAAUUCUUCGUUUAAUUUCUGGAAUGUUCUUAAUUGGGGAAAAUGGUUUAAAGUUUUGCUGAUUUAAGUUAAUGCCGGGCUGUCGGUUAUUAUUAAGUAAAAAGCAGCGCUACAGUAUACGUAAUGGAGAAUUGUUUCCUACCACUGGAACUAGCCACUGUAAUGCAUUGUGGUUGGACACGAGCAAUGACAUUGACACGAAGUUCCAAAUUUAUCUGCUCGCGUGUGCGAAUGGGCCGUUAUUUGUCCUAUCAUGUAAAGAUUGGGUCUUUUCGUUAACAUUCUUUUCAACUCUGUCUUCUGGUUGAAGCCCCAAAGCCUGUUUUCUCUACAUCUAUUUGAAAUUAAAGUCGGUUCGUUAUGAUCAGUGUUCUGUA